AUGCUGGCGGAUCUGCUGUAUAUAUCGACGCUGCCCUUCCUCAUCGUCACCUACUCCCUGGAGGACACCUGGCCCUUCGGGGAGCUGCUCUGCAAGCUGGUGCGCUUCCUGUUCUACACCAACCUCUACAGCAGCGUCCUGCUACUGACCUGCAUCUCCGUGCACCGCUUCCUGGGCGUGUGCCACCCACUGCGCUCGCUGCCCUACCGGACCCGCCGGCACGCCCUGCUGGGCGCCACUGCCACGUGGGUUCUGGUGGUCAUCCAGCUGCUGCCCACCCUGAUCUUCUCUCACACAGACGACAUCGACGGCCAGAUGAUCUGCUACGACACGACCAGUGCAGAUCACUUUGACAAGUUUUUCGUCUAUAGCAUGGUCCUGAUGUUGUCCAGCUUUGUCCUGCCCUCCUUGGUUAUCUUGGUGUGCUACUCACUGAUGGUACGGAGCCUGGCCACACCAGUGGAGACCCUCACGAGGGUGGGUGGCGCAACCCGGGCCAAGUCCAUCCGGACCAUCCUGCUGGUGUGUGGCCUCUUUGCCCUCUGCUUCGUGCCCUUCCACAUCUCGCGCUCCCUCUACUUCACACUCCGCUUCCUGUCCUCAGGCAACUGCCAGCUCCUGACAGUGGUCAGCCUGGCCUACAAGGUAUGGAGGCCUCUGGUGAGCCUGAGCAGCUGCCUCAACCCAGUCCUCUACUUUCUGUCAGGUGGGAACAGAGUCAGGCUCUUCCAGGAACUGGGGCACAACAAGGUGGGUGAGCACCCAGCUGGAGCCAAGGGACAGAGACCCGGGGGUGGGCAGGUCUGGGUCCUGCCGAGAUGA